CGAUGAAAGAUCAUCCUCUUCUGUUGGCUCAUUCGAGGAACAUUAACAAAGAACAACUAAGUAUCUAGCAUUCAACAUGUUCAAGGAGCUGGUGGUAUUGGCCCUAACAGGCUUUUGCCUUACCAAGGCAACUGGUGUAUACCCAUACGCUGAGACCUUCACUGCUGAUGCUGAUUUUCUACACAAGCAAAAGCAAAUAUACGAAUUAUUCUUCUAUAUUGAUCAAGCUAAACUUGUUGGUAGUGAAUUUUACGAAGUUGGACGCACAUAUGACAUCGAAAGCAGCAUCGAGUACUAUUCAGAUCCGUCGAUCGUACACGAAUUCUUGUACAGAUUCAAAUUGGGCUACCUUCCAAGAGGAAGCCUUUUCUCAGUCUACUACAAAGAACACCGUGAUGAACUCAGUGUCUUCUUCCGUUUGUUAUACUCAGCCAAGGACUUCGCAACAUACUACAAAACUUUAUCAUGGGCCCGUUUCUACAUCAACGAAGGUAUGUUUGUCACCGCUCUCGUAACAUCAGUUAUGUACCGUCCAGACUGCAAAGGAAUCAUUCUUCCACCAAUGUACGAAGUAUACCCACACUUGUUCUUUGACAAUGAAGUCAUUCAAUACGCACAAAAAAUCAAGAUGAGCUCAGGAUACAAAAAACCAAUCAGCCACGACAGCUUCAAUGUUGAAACCUACUUCAUUGAUUACAACUACACUUCACUCUUCAUGAAACAUUACAUUGAUGGAGAAUACGAACUUGACUACUUCACCGAUGAUGUUGCACUCAACAACUACUACUACUACAUCAGAAACUUGUUCCCAUUCUGGAUGAACAUCAAAGACUUUGCUGUACCAAAACACAUUCGUGGUGAACUUUACUACUACAUUCAUCAACAAUUAAUGGCACGUUACUACCUCGAACGUUUAUCACAUGGAUUUGGUGAAAUUGAAGAUUUCUCAUACUCCAAAGACUUUGCACCAAGCUUCUACUCAACUCUUGCUUACUCAAAUGGUGUUGCAUUACCAAGCCGUGAACGUUGGUCUGAAGUUCCAUCAUACAAAUACAACUAUGUACGUGAAAUUGAAAACAUUGAAAUGAGAAUAUACGAAGCAAUUGACUCUGGCUACUUGUACGAUUACGAAGGAAAGAAAUUCAGUCUUUACUCUGCUGAAGGUUUCAACUACCUUGGUAACUUGAUUGAAGGUAACUACGACUCAUACAAUGUCAACUUCUACGGUGCAAUUGAUGCUCUCUACAGAGACAUUUUCGGUUUCAACUACGAUUGCAAACACAAACUCUGUGUUGUACCAAGCUCACUUCAAUUAUACAGCACAAGUCUUCGUGACCCAGCAUUCUACAGAUUGUACAAGAGAAUCAUAAGCUACUUCUACAGAUACAAAGGAAAACUUCCAGCAUACACACACGCUGAACUUGACUUCCCAGGAGUUAAAAUUGAAAAUGUAUACGUUGACAAACUUUACACAUACAUGGAAAAAUACAACUACUUCAUCAACAAUGCUUUGACUGUUGAUUCAUACAAAGAAGGUAUGGGAUACAAUGUUAAAGCAGCCAAAUGGCGUUUGAACUACAAACCAUUCACAUACAAAUUCGACAUUAAGAGUGCUUCAAACACCAAGGGUAUGGUUCGUAUCUUCUUGGGACCAUCACUUGAUGAUUACUACUACAAAGAAUCAAACUACAUGUACUACAGCUGGUACAACUUUGUUGAACUCGACAAAUUCAUUGUUGAUCUUAAGGCUGGAUCAAACACCUUCGAACGUCACAGCACUGAAUCAAUCUACACUGCCAAAGACUUUGUUGGUGGAGAUUACUUCUACAAAAAACUUCUUAAAUCAAUUGAAGGAAGUGAACCAUUCUCAUACUCAAGCAAAGUUUAUGGAUUCCCAGAAAACUUAUACCUUCCAAGAGGUCGUGCCGGUGGUAUGCCAUUCAAAUUAUUCAUCCACAUUUCACCAGUUGAAGAAUCAAAGAUUUCAUACUUUGAUUUCCCAAUAUUUGGAAAAAUGUUGUACGAUGGAAAACCAUUUGCUUACCCACUUGACAGACCAAUGGAACCAUAUGUUUUCGGUGAUCUUUACAAUAUUUACUUCAAGGAUGUUAGCAUCUACUAUUUGAAAGAUGGUAUUGAAAGCUUCUACCCAGAAAAAUAUGUUGCUGAUAAAUAUGUAGCUGGUGAAUACCACGGUAAAUACGAACAUGUUGCCAAACCAUACUACGAAAAACCAUACUACUAUGGUAAAUACCACUACUAAUAAAUUAAUAUAUGUAUAUUGAUUUAUUAACAUUAAUAGACAACUCAAAUCAAGAAUCAAACUUAUAAUGAUUCAAUGAUUGGUUGAAUGGAAACGAUAAGCCUGUUUAAAACUAUUUUUUUUUAUAUUGGUAGAAUUUUUUAAAAUGAAAAUAAAUAAAAUUACUUGAACUU